GCGCAUUUUCCUUCGGAAGGCAAGCGGAGAAAAGGACAAGGCUGCCCGCGCUUCCGAGCCAUUCAGCCGUCCCCGCGCCGACCCGGGCGCCUCCCGGGACGCGAGACCCCCUCGGCCGCUUCUGCUCGUUCCCCCUCCAACCCCGCCACAGACCCUGGAAACCACCCCGGUCCGCCAGCCCCGAAGGGCGACCCAGCUCGGCAACGGUAGAGGGCGAGGGGGGCGUUCUAGCCUCCGGCUCGCUCGGCGACCUUCUCUUUUUCUCCCACCUCCCGCCCCACACAGAAACACCCCGCAGUGCGCGUGUGAGGGCAACUCCCCUCUUCCAGAAUCCCUUUUCUCGCCUGGGCGGCCGGUGGCGGAAGGGGAGACGCGAGAGGUAGGGCGGGCAGCGCUUUCCCGGUCUCGCUCUUGUCCUAAGUCGGCAAGGCGACCUCCCGCAGCUUCAGCCCUGCAGCCGCUCCGCUAGAAUCUUUUUAGAAAGUUUCUUGACUUCGGGCGUGAACUCAGAGAAUAGAGGCGAACGGGGCGAAGGAAGGGAGCGGGUUCUUUGCUGCCUUGAAAAGGGCUGUGGACGGGAAGAUCCUCCAUUUGCAGGAAGGUCGGUGGCCCUGAUUCUUUGUAUUUUUAACGACUUUCAUCUCCGCGCCAAGAGUCGCGAUGCGACUGCCCGCGCCAGUCCUCCUUUACGUGGUAGCCUGGGCCAGCUUUUGCCCCCAGCAGCAGGGAUCCGCCGCCGGCAGCCAGAGCGGGUCGAUCAGAGCCUUGCGCGCCUCGAACCGGCGGCGAGAUGAGAGUAAUCUUCUCACAGCCUUAUAUAAGAAAGAAGAGACCAUCAACGUUUGGGAGAACGGUUACAUCCAGAGCCCACGUUUCCCACACAAUUAUCCUAGGAAUUUGUUGCUGACAUGGAGGCUAUGUUCACCAGGAAAUGCUAGAAUACAGCUGGUGUUUGAUCAUCAGUUUGGACUGGAGGAGCCAGAGAAUGAUAUCUGCAGAUAUGACUUUGUGGAAGUGGAGGAUAUUUCCGAAAUUAGCACCCUCAUCCGAGGACGGUGGUGUGGAUAUAAAGAAGCUCCUCCCAAAAUAACAUCAAAGACAAACCAGCUGAAGAUCACCUUCAAAUCAGAUGACUUCUUUGUGGCUAAACCAGGAUUCAAGAUUUAUUAUUCCCUGGUGGAUGAUCUUCAGCCUGUUGCAUCUGAAACCAACUGGGAAUCAGUCACAAGCCCGGUCUUGGGCAUUUCCUAUCGCUCUCCAUCAGUGACUGAUCCUACCCUUACUGUGGAAGCCCUAGAUCAAACCAUUGCUGGAUUUGAUACCGUGGAGGAACUGCUCAAGCACUUUAAUCCAGAUACAUGGCAAGAAGAUCUUGAACACCUGUACACAGAGACUGCCCCACCUCGAGGCAGAAGUUUCUAUGAAAGGAAGUCAAAAGUUGAUUUAGACAGGCUGAACGAGGAGGCAAAGCGUUACAGCUGUACUCCAAGGAAUUACUCGGUCAAUGUCAGAGAGGAACUGAAGCAUACCAAUGCUGUUUUCUUUCCUCGCUGCCUCCUUGUCCAACGCUGUGGAGGAAAUUGUGGUUGCGGCUCUACAAAUGGGAAAUGUGCUUGUACGGCAGGAAAACUGGUGAAAAAGUAUCAUGAGGUGCUGAGAUUUGUCCCUGAAGCAGGUCAUCUCAGGAGGAGGGGUAGAACCAAGAACAAUAUGGCACUGAUUGAUAUUCAACUGGAGCACCAUGAACGUUGCGACUGUGUCUGCAGUGCAAAGCCACCGCGAUAAAAGCAGAGAACCUGGUUUUAUUUGCAACUUAGAGGACCUCUUUCUCCUGAAGAAGGAGCUGUCCAUGCUGAUUUGCCCAGUGACCACCGAACUUUGCUAAAAGCCUGCAUCCAUAGCCUUUUGAUUUAAAGUGCUAAGUGCCAUGACAGCUUACCAUUAAUAAAGCAGAUUGACAACUCUGAAUGCAAAUCUGGGAUUAAGUGUUAGAAAACAAGUGAACUCAAGGGCUGAAUUUUUCAUGCCUGCAAUGAAAUCUACCUGCAUGAUGGCAGCACUCUUUUGGCUGAAUUCAUAGUUGGCUUUUAAAAUUCUUCAUGCGUGCAUGUACUCACAAUACUUUUGCACAAAAUUCUUUGCACAAACACACUUAAGCACACUUACAGUGUAAAUUAAGGAAAAAGGAAUUCUGUAUAUGCGAAAUGGCUAAUGCAGUUUAUAUACAACCACCAAAGUCCAACAAAUACAGGUGUGUUAGGUUUACAGAACCCUGCAAUGGAAGUAAAAGACUGCAUCUAGCAAUACAGGCAUUCAUACCUAGAUAUAUGCAUUACAGCAGACAGAUCACAGCAAGCAAGCUUGUACAUUAAGCAAGCUGGAUCCAAGUGUGCUAGGGUCCAUAUAUAAUCUGCUUAUUUACAUAGAUUUAUGAAUUACUCUCCAUGGAACUGGCCUUGUUUCCUCAAAAUGCAAGUUCCAAAAUACCACACAGAUAUUCAUUCAAAUUAUUAGCUUUCAUUGGUGUGUGAAGUUGUCACCAAACAUUUUAGCAUAUUGUUAGAAUAGGGUCAGUCUAUUAUCAAGAGCCAUACUACUCUUCAGGCAGUACCCUAAAGAUCAGUAUACUUCCCAUUUUAGAGUUUCAGAAGAACUUCCUAGAAUUCUUGCUAUCUAGAUCAGAAAGAUCCUUCCUCAGCGUUGUAAAUAAAUGCAUCUUUUGGGCUUUGGCAACCUUCCCCAAGCUGAUUCCUUCCAGAUAUGUUAGAAUCAAACUAAGAAUUCUGGGAGUAGUCCAACACAUAUGGAGGACCACAAGUUGGAGAAGAAAAGCUGGAUUGAAACCUUCAACACACUAUUGUGCUGAAAGGAAGUGGUAUAUCCAUUCAACUAAUUCAGUGGUAUAAACUUCACAAGCUCUUCAUUUCUGGAUUCCAUGCCAAUCUGGUUUAGAUAAGCCAAGUAGUAUGCACAUUUUUUCAAAUUAAAUAGUUUGACUUCAAAAUGGGCUGUUCCAUCCUACAGGGCUGUUUCAAACUGAGCAUGUUUGUGGUAUAACUGGAAUAGCUUGCUGUGGGUCUGGAAUAACCUAUUUCAAAUCAACAUUUUGCCCACCCCUAACAUAAACGCUGAACUCUAGGCAUAAAAAAAGCAAGCUAUCUAACUAAAAAUCCUCUGUUCCAAGUAAAACGUAUCUGGUUUAGUGAUGACUAUCAGCAGAUCCAGAAGCUGGAUGUGUGAUUUCUGCCUCUUUCCCCUUCUCUCCUAUUUCAUAUAAUAUUUUAUUUGUUUGUGUGUAGAGUAGUUCUGAUA